AUGGAGGUUAGUAAAAUUGGUUCUAUUCCAUUGAGCUUGCGGCAUGCCACAGAUAGACUAGUGUGGCAUUUUGAUACGAAGGGAUUGUACUCUGUCAAGAGUGGGUACCAUGUUUAUUGUAAUUCCCUGAAGAUGGUGGAAGUGGCUUCUACGUCAUCUGAGGAAGUAGAAACUGGAAUGCAUGUGUUCAAACAAUGUGAAGCAUUGCAAACCUUUUGGAUCUUAGGUCCUUUGAAGCUAAAGGCCAAGAAUCACGUUGCAUGUAAUUUGAAAGGGAAUAACCUAGUUUGGAAGGGGGGUAAUUUCCAACCCAUGCAUAUGCUUCAGUGGUGUAGACAAAGUUUGGAGGACUUUCAGAAAUAUCAUCCGAAGGCCAGUAGCAAGAAGAAGCGUCCUUUGACCAAGUGGAAAUGUCCUCCGCUCGGUAGACUCAAAAUUAACAUUGAUGGUGCUUAUAGAGCGGAUAGUGGUGAAGGAGGUAUUGGUGUGGUGGUCAGAGAUGAUUCGGGCACGGGUAUUGCAACCAUUGCUAGACCUCUUCUGCAUGCACACUCGGCUAUUAAUAUGGAGGCUGAGGCGUGUAGAGCUGGUCUUCUUCUUGGUAUACACUAA